CCGAGCCUUCGGCACUAGGAGCCCUCGGUACUAAGAGGCCCCCGGUACGAAGAGCCUUCGGCUUGUCAUUUACAGCCGAAGGCACCUUCCUCGACAGAAUAUCCUCUCCACAUGCGUCCGAAUCACCGUACCAAGUACAACGUCACAUCCAGCCAUCGCAUUUAAUGCGACCACAUGCAAAUGUCGGUGCCACCCCGAUUGAGGUGACCCUCGGCCGUCGGAUGCUUGACACGUGUCCCUGUCUUGCAUUUAUUGCUGCUAUAAAUAGCAGCCCAUUUCCCCAUUGUAAACCACGAGUUCACAUAUCGAAUAUACACUCUCUCUCUUACAUAUUUGCUCUAACUUCUCUCUAGUUAUUCUCCGCAAUAACCCCUCGGAUAAGCUACCCCCCAGACAAACCUGAACAUCAAAUGGUGGCAGAGCCUAUUGCCAGAAUCAAACAAGAUAGUGAAAGGUGAAGUUCAUUGGAAACGACGGCGGUAGUGGAGUUCGGCAUCACCUAUCGGAAGCCGGAGCUCUGGUCACCGGGAUAGGAGGCGGGGUAUAAGGGGAGAUGAUGAAGGAAAUGAAGAGCAAGAUAUUGGUAAUCGGAGUAACUGGCCGCCUAGGUUUUGAACUCGCUGACGCCAGCAUCAAAGCAUCUCAUCCUACAUUUGGUCUCGUUAGAGAUUCAGCGUAUUCAGAUCCCCAAAAAUCCCAAAAGCUUCUUUUACUUUCCAACUCCGGCGUCACUCUUCUAAAGGGUUCAUUGCAAGAUGAAGAAACCCUUGUUGAAGCAAUCAAGCUAGUUGAUAUUGUAAUUUGUGCGGUUUCUUCAAAGCAAGUGCUGGACCAAAAGUUUCUUCUUCCUGCUAUAAAAAAAGCUGGUUGCUGCAAGAGGUUCAUCCCUUCAGAGUUUGGGAUGGAUCCUAACAAAACACGGUUAUCCAACAUGGACAACAACUUCUAUUCAAACAAAGCUGAGAUAAGACGCCUUGUAGAAGCUGAAGGCAUUCCUUACACCUCCAUCUGCUGCAACUUCUUCACAAGUUAUUUGUUGCCCUCUCUUAUUCAGCCCGGUCUGAGAAACCCUCCAAGAGACAAAGUCAGAAUAUUUGGAGAUGGAACUGCCAAAGGUAUCUUUGUAAAAGAAAGUGAUGUGGCAGCUUUUACCAUCAGUACAGUGGAUGAUCCGCGAACUUUGAACAAAGUGAUAUACCUUAGACCUGCAGGAAAUGUCUGUUCUAUGAACGAGUUGGUUGAGUUAUGGGAGUCAAAGAUUAAUAAGAAACUGGAAAAGGAAUAUGUAUCAGAAGAGGAACUCCUACUGAAAAUAAAAGAAACUCCCUACCCAGACAAUAUGGAGAUGGUUUUCAUAUACUCUGCAUUUGUCAAAGGUGACCAGACCUAUUUUGAUGUUGAAACGGCUGGUGGAUUGGAAGGGACACAACUAUAUCCGCAUAUAAAAUAUACCACCAUAAGAUAACUUUCCAUUUAGGGAAAUGAGAACUUUCCAACGGGACAUCCAAAAAAGGAAAGCGGGAACAUUCCAACGGGACGGAGGGGGUAUUAUAUAUCAGCUCAAUUCAUGGCCCAUGGCAGUAUGAAAGUAAAUUGAGCCACUGUUGCACACACUAGCUCUGCUUUUCUCCCAGAAUCCCAGAUGUGUACAUCACCGGAUUGGGUUGUCCUUUAUAGAAAAACUGAAAAAGUGACUUCACCUUUGUUUAACUUCCUCUCCUUCUAACCCAUAUCCACUUGCCCACCCGCACCCCUGCUUCAUUGGCAACUACAGCAACUAUUGCCGGUGACUGUCUAAAAAAGUUUAAUGGAUUUUUUGUCUUUUCUUCAUUUAUUUUAAAAUUCAUUAGUCGGAGGACAAAAAAUGGUAAACACUCUGAAAUAUUAUAACCGGUCAUUGCUCAUUUAUUAAUAAGUAAAAUAUAUUUAUCAUUAUUAAUAUGUGAAAUAUAAAAAUUAAUAAGCAAAAUAUCUCUCUCCUCAUUUGAACAAUUGUAAUGUUUUUUAUAAGUAUUUCUUCACAAUUAAAGUACAAAAUCUAGAUGUAGACAUUGUGGAAAGAAUGAAAGAGAAAUGUUAUGAAUUUAUUCUUGUGUCUAUCUUUCUCAUUUCAUAUGUGCAUCGUAUACAACAUAGUACUCCGCAUUAGAGAUUCUUUAAAUUAACAACUACGAGUACUGAUCAUGUCAAGGCUCAAGCUAAAUCCAGCUUAAUUUUU